AUGUCUACUAGUCCUGUAAAACGGAAGAUAGUGAUAAUUGGUGAUGGUGCUUGUGGUAAAACGUCAUUGUUGUAUGUCUUCACUUUAGGCCAAUUCCCGGAGGAAUACCACCCUACCGUUUUUGAAAACUACGUGACGGAUUGCCGAGUGGAUGGAAUCAAAGUGCAGUUAACACUUUGGGAUACUGCUGGACAGGAAGAGUACGAAAGGCUUAGACCCUUUUCUUAUUCUAAGGCAGAUAUAAUUCUCAUCGGAUUUGCUAUUGAUGAUCCAGAGUCAUUGGGUAACGCAAGAAAUAAAUGGGCAGAGGAGGUUUUGAGGUACUGCCCCGAGGCUCCUGUUGUUCUCGUUGGGUUAAAAAAGGAUUUAAGGACGAUAGGUGACCAAAGUCAAAUGGUAACACAAGAACAAGCAGAGCAAGUAGCAAGAGCUAUUGGUGCCAAGAAAUAUAUGGAAUGCAGUGCUUUAACGGGAGAAAAUGUUGAUGAUGUGUUUGAAGUGGCUACGAGAACGAGUUUGCUGGUUAAUAAGCAGCCAGGACAUGGGUGUUGUGUAAUAUCAUAA